CAGGCCACAGCAGGUUUAGAGUUACAGCAGGGUUAAAAAUGUUAUUGAUGUAAAAUGUGGUUUUAUUUUCACUUCUGCUCACUUUCUUUUUUUUUUUUAACUUGUUAAAGAGGAAAUCCAAACAGAGGGGGAAAGUUUCCAAUGGAUAAGAGGAGUGGGCAUGGGUAUUUCCACUGAAAUCCGGACGUGACGAGUUAUUCCAGGAAACCUGGACACGUCUGGGGUAGGGUAUAUAAAGGAGGUGCUUUUGGACAUCCAGCUCAGAUUAAUCCUGUCCUUGGACGACUUCAUAAGAGCAUACAAACUUUACAAGGAUAUAAGCUGUACGACGUAAAAUGGACACUAGUUUUGAAUUCCGUCCCAUCUAUGGCCGUAAGAUGUUCUCAUCCUGGAUCUGCUUGACACUUUUUUACUCAAUGCUGUGUACAUGGACCAGUGUAGAGGGCUGGUCCUAUUACUACUCUAACAGCACCAUGAAUUGGCAAGACGCUCGAGCCUGGUGCAAGGAGCACUACACGGACAUGGUGGCCAUCCAGAACCAAAAGGAGAUUGAACAUCUCAACAGCUGGCUCCCCUUCAAACAAACCUACUACUGGAUUGGCAUCCGCAAGAUCAGUGAUGUGUGGACCUGGGUGGGUACCAACAAGACUCUGACUGUAGAAGCAACCAACUGGGCAAAAGGAGAACCCAAUAAUGCAGACAAUGCUCAAGAGAGUGAAGACUGUGUGGAGAUGUACAUCAAAACAAAGUCAGACCAGAAAGGCAAGUGGAACGACGAGAGGUGUGGGAAGAUGAAGACAGCUUUGUGCUACACAGCUGCCUGUAAGAAUGACUCCUGUCACUUUGGAGAAUGUGUCGAAACCAUCAACAGCCACAGAUGCUCCUGCUUUGAUGGCUUUUAUGGAGAAAAGUGUGACCAAGUCGUCACAUGCAAAAGAGAGGAGGUCACUGUUCCAUACCAGGGACAUGUAAACUGCACUUACCAGUAUGGAGAAUUCACCUACAACUCCUCGUGUCAGUAUUCAUGUGAGACGGGAUACCAACUGACCAUGUCGAGACCCCUGAGAUGCACUGGGACUAAGCAGUGGUCAGAACAGCCACCUGAGUGUAAACUGGUUCAAUGUCCAGAGCUGCUUUCUCCAGAAAGAGGGUACACAUCAUGUUCCAACCCUCUGGGCUCCUCCAGCUACCUGUCCACUUGUGAGAUCACCUGCAAUGAGGGCUACGUACUGGAGGGCUCCUCGUCUACCACUGUUAGGACACAGUGUGGUGCGUCUGGAGAGUGGAACGUCUCGCAGCCAACUUGUGUUGUUGCCCCAUUUCCUGCUCCUCAGAAGCUGGACAACGGCUUUGUCAGCUGUUAUAACAUAGAUCUCAGGUUCACCCCAACAAGAACCUGCAAUUUCAGCUGCGCCCGUGGCUACCACCUGGUGGGACCAAUCAGUUUGACUGACACAGCUCAAACAGCAGCCAAUAUGAGUGAAAGAAUGCCACGCUGUGAAGCGAUUAUCUGUCCCAGUCCAAAAGGGCACAGUAACCUGAUCCCCAAGUGCAGCCGACCGUCGUCUGAACUUUCACCAGGCUCCACCUGCAGCUUCAGCUGUGCCCCGGGUUUUGAACUGAUGGGAGAAGACGCAGCUGAGUGUUCAGACGAAGGGAAGUGGAGCAAACCUUUACCUGACUGCAAAGAAAUAACUUGUCCUGCUCCCAAGAUCCCCGCAAAUGGACACGUGGACUGCAGCCUCCCACCAUCCUCAACAUCUCUUAGCCACAGCCCAUAUGCACUUGGUGUGCUCUGCACUUUCAGCUGUGACAUAGGCUACGAGCUCCAAGGUGCAGACAUCAUGGAGUGUGCACGUAAAGGCCAAUGGAGCUCUUCACCAGCGACCUGCACAGGUACAAGAAGAUCUGUCAGUUGCCCUUUGCUCAAGGCUCCUGAAAAUGGUUUCGUCAACUGUUCGGACAGUGAACUGGUUUACAGCUCAGAGUGCUCCUUCACAUGUGGUCAAGAUUACACACUGGUUGGACACAAGCUGCUGACCUGCAGUCAUCAUGGCAACUGGACUGAAGAGAGACCUAUCUGCCAAGCUUCUCCCUCUGUCACGGCUCUCGUUUCUGGCGUGGUGUCAGUGGGCACGGUGCUCAGUGCUCUUUCUGCUGCCGCCUGGAUCAGGAAACAACUGAAACAGAAAAAGGACACCUUUGAGCUGAGCAGCAACUCUGACAUUGAAGCACCUCCAACAGAAUCCUACAGAAACAGCACUGAUAGCCUGAUAUAAAACAGGCUGUAAGGACAGAGAUCCAGUCUCAGUGGCCCAGACCUUUACGGUGUGGUUGUAUUUGUGUAAAAAGAUGCUUUGUUUGCUUGACAAUGUUAUGGAAGUCUGUUAUCUAAUCCCUGUGGGAAGUUUACAUUUGAAUAUAUUGUUCUACAGCAUUAUACAAUUAUUACAGUCUUUUUCUGAGUGUACCAAUGCAUUAUUGCAAAACUGUGAACAGCGUUUUAUGCAUCAGUAUCAAUACACUAUUUAUGGUUAAGAAAUGCAUAUGACAUGUUGAUAUUUAUUUUUGUACAUUUAAUAAAGUGCCAAGUUUUUUAAAAAAGCAA